UGCCUGUUUCAACCAAUCCUGUUUAGUUUAAGCUCUUCAAGUUUCUCUGCAACUUCUCUCUUGUAUCUUUAGUUUUGCAUCACCUUUCUAUGGAGGAUCUAGUUUACCCACAAAAGCCCAUUACAUUUUAUCCUCAUCAAUUAUUUUUGCUCUUUGUUUUCUCUGCCUUUUCCCCUCUUUAUUAAUUUCUUAAUCUUUAAUUAUGGUUGAUCAACCUCUUGAUCAGGUCAAUAUCGAUACCAAUUUACCUCAACUAAGAUUAGGUGAAGACUCGCAACCUGGUGAAAAUUCUUUCUCGUACAAUGAAGCCGGAUCAUCAAGUCAAUCUGGCAGACCAAUAAAUCGAUGGACCAAAGAGGAAGAUGAAUUGGUGAUUCGCCUUGUGGAAAAGUAUGGUCCCAAAAAAUGGACUGUGAUUGCUCGAGAACUCAAAGGCAGAAUUGGAAAGCAAUGUCGAGAAAGGUGGCACAAUCAUUUAAACCCACAAAUAAUUAAAUCUUCUUGGACGGAUGAGGAGGAAAGGACAAUAAUCGAAGCUCAUCGUACAUGGGGAAACCAAUGGGCUAAAAUCGCCAAGUUGUUACCUGGAAGAACGGAUAAUGCGAUUAAAAAUCACUGGAACUCUACAUUGAAACGAAAAGCCGAAGCUUUAGAAAGGGGUUCACCAGUUCCACAGCCACGUCGUAAACGUCGUAAAAAGCAACAUGUUGAUCUGGAUGACUCUGCAGUUCCAUAUGAACAUCAAUCGAUGUCAAUGUUCUUCAAUGACAGUACCAACGAGAACAAUGACCCUGAUACCACCUCAGUGAAGCAAGAACCGCGCCAAGAAAGUUACACAGAACAAGAGAAUGUAUAUAAUAAUCAAGAAAAUGUAUAUGAUCAAGAAAAUGGAUACACUCAGCAUGUGGAACCAAGAUACUUAAGUUUUGCUCAUGAUUCUACAUAUUUUAGCCAGUCCUCAUCUUAUUCUAAUCAGACCAGCAAUUCAUUGCAUGACUUAAAUUUAACCAAUGAUAAUAAUCGUGUCCCUCUCGGUGAUUUGAAAGUGAUACCUCAGGAUUACGACGAACUCAACGAUUUAAGUGAUCUAUUACCACCUCUUAAUGCUGAGAUGCUCAAAAAAGAAGGAGUCGACAUUUCUGGUUUUGAACCUGAAUCGUUUCAUGAAAAUUUCCUUAUGGAAAUGUUGGAUUCAAUUGAUACUUCUCCAUUAUCUUUAAGUUCUUUUGAGCUAUCUCAUAAUGAACCUAGAAAGAUCCAAAGAUGCAACAAAGAUACUCGCCGUCGAUCAGGUCCGGCUCGCAAAUUGGACUGGGAAAAGGUUACCUUGGGCAGAACUCCUGAUCAAAUUGAAUUGACUCAACAAGCGCGUGCAUACCUUAAUUCUCAAUAUCUGCAUUAAUACUUAAUUGAAACUUAUUGUUUUACUUUUCUACUCAAACUCUCAAUGAGAGAUGAAGAUAUCACGUUAACAGAUUGCUUAAUACCUUGGUAAACCAAAUAGUGAUUUUUGGCAUGAGUACCAACCUCUAAAUUAGUCUUCAGUGGUUCACAAACAGUCAAAAAACAACAAAAAAAAUAUUUUCGUAAACUCACAUCACUUCACUAUAUCCAACCACCUAUACACAUUGCACCGGAGCGCGGAAAAAUAUUGAUCUAUUAUAUUUUUACACUUAAUUUAAUACAAAUACUCGCAAAAAAUAGGUUGCAUUUUUGACUUGAAUCUUGUCAAUUAACUUAAUCGUGGGCCAACAAAAAAAAAUUUAUAUAUUCUCACUAAAUGUUGAAUGGAUGUAUAUUUUGGAAUGCUCUUUUUUGCGCUCAUCAAUAAAAGAUUAGCCAAGCAA